CUGAUGUGAGGCCAGCUACACAGAGAUGUCAAUCAAUUGACAACUCUUUGGCAAUGGGGAUCUAAAGGAGAGUCUUCAGCUCUCCUCUCAGGGACAGUCUUCUGCAGCCCUUGAUUGAUCCCGGGCUUGUCUGGCAUCUCUCAUCUAUAUCUUUCCUCUUUCCAUCCUCCCAUCCUUCCCCCUGUCAUGAAGGGCUUAUCUAGUAGUCGGAGUCACCAUCAUGUGGUCUCCUAUGAACCAUCAUAUGAUCCAGUGGGUUACCAUGUUGAUCGCAAGCCAUAUUUGAUCAGUCAAAUGGACAUGCCUGUGCCCAUCCCCAUGCCGCAUCCAGCUGAUCUUCCCUUCUACAAUUCUCAGCGUACCUCGUACCCGUCUGACAGCAACAACUUCGUCCCAUAUGGAACCUUCCCAAGGAGGUGCCACUCAACCUCCUCAUCUCACCAUCCCGAGGUAAAGGAUGAGUGUAUGGUCAUGGUACCAUAUAUAGGAGGAGGAGGGGGAGGAGGAGGAGCUGGAGGAGGCUAUGGAGGUAAAAUGCCCAACCGGGUUCCAGCACACUUUGCAGACCAAUUUGAGCAUCAGCUAUCACUUUCAAGAGAAGGCUACCAUACACUGCAGUACAAACGAGGAAUGCAGCCCAACAUUGGGGGGAUGUCGGCCAACAACAACAACAAUGACAGCCCUGGGAGAAUUCGUCACCUUGUCCACUCAGUCCAGAAACUCUUCACCAAGUCACAUUCAUUGGAGGGCCCACACCACACACAGUCAUCAAAAGGGGCCAAUAAUGGGAGCAUUAAUGGUGGCAGUGGUGGUGUUGGAGGAGGUGGUGGUGGUGGUUCAAGGGCCUGCCCAGAGGGUGAAACUCCAUCAGUGGGAGUGCGCCACCGGAAGCGCAGCAAGAGCCGCGAACGCUGUCGUUCAGCCGAGCCCAAGCAUCGUAUCCACCACCACCACCACCACCACCAGCAGCUCCACGGCUCAGCAUCUGCUCCGGGCUCUGGAUAUUGGAGCUCAGAUGACAACCUGGAACGGGAGCUGUGUCUUUACCACCCUCGCCACCACCAACCACCACCCUCACCCUCACCCUCCAUUUCUCCCUUACCCAUCGCUAUGACAAUGGGCCGCUACCCCAGCAACAACCCCGACAUGUUCCCCCAGACGCCCAUCCCCAGUCUCUCUUCCUCGCAAUCCCAGCAGUACUUCAUGAUGGACCCUUACGGCACACUCAAUGAACAUACACACACCCAUGCACCCCAUGGCCACACACACCACCAUCCUGCACUCAAAGCCUCCCGGAGCAACAAUGAUGUGCAGUAUGCAGCCCCAUCAGCAUGUGUGCCUGUUAGUGGUAGCAGCAGUGGCCGUAUCGGUGGAGGAAGUGGCCCCUUGCUGCCACUGAGUCUUGUGGAUGCCCCCCUGGCGAAGAAAGGGGCAUGGUCAUCGAGCCUAACGGUGAGCAGGGCCAGAGAGGUUUACACCAACAGCAACAGCUACAACCACCUACGAGCCAGCGCAGGAUCCGGUAACCUAAACCUAGAUAGAGCUCUAGUCAAAUCUAAGGGCAGUCAGCAGCAGGAGCACUCUUGCCAUUUCUUACAGGUACCUCAGGAUGAGUGGAGUGGCUUCUCUCCACUAGGGAAGGAGGACGACAUCCCCUGUCGUAGGAUGAGGAGUGGCAGCUACGUCAAAGCCAUGGCUGACGAUGACAGCGGAGACUCUGAUGGGAGUCCUAAACCCUCACCAAAGAUUCAGGCCCGCCGGGCCAGCUACCUGAAAGCCACACAGCCAUCACUGACUGAGAUGACCACUCUACAGAUUUCGACAGAACAUUCUCCCAAGCUGCAGAUCAGGAGCCACAGUUACCUGCGUGCGGUGAGUGAGGUUUCAAUCAAUAGAAGCCUGGAUACCAUGGACCCCAAAACCCUCCUCGACCCUAAAUCGCUGCUGUCCUCACCCCAAUACCGUUCUCGCAAUGAAAGCUACAUGAGGGCCAUGAGCACCAUCAGUCAGCUGAGUGAAGUGGAGGUGAAUGGGCAAAUUGAGCAGUUGUGUGAGCAGGUCUACAGUGAGAUGCAGUCUAAGGCCAUGGAGGCUGCCAUUGACAGCCUGGAAACCAUGGACACUCUGCCAAUGCCAGGAUGCUUCCGGAUGCGAAGUCCCAGCUAUGUGAGAGCAAUUGACCAGGGCUGUUCGGGGGAUGAAGAAGGAGAAGAGGGGAAACCACUGCUCCUGCUGCCAUCCUCUCCACCACGAACCUCUGCCACUACUGUCAGGACCAUCCAGAGCAGUACAGUUUCAUCUUGCAUUACAACAUAUAAGAAAACCCCUCCACCAGUGCCACCCCGAACCUCCACCUGCUCCACAGCCUCCAAGCCUUACAUCUCCAUCACAGCCCAGAGCAGCACAGAGUCUGCACAGGAUGCAUAUAUGGAAGAGGAGGCACCCAGAGGUGACAUGACCAUCCAAUCAGGGCUCAGUAAUUCAACAGAAAGUAUUGACAGCAUGAAGGCCUUGACAGCUGCAAUAGAAGCUGCUAAUGCACAGGUCCACGGACCAGCCAGUCAGCAUGUGAGUAACAGCAGCAUGGCAGUUAGCCCCCCCACCUCCUCAGUUCUAGGCAGGGGGGCUUUUCUUGAAGAGCAGAGGAAUGAAUACAGGAAAGAAGCACUCAGGAAGGGCAAAUGUCUCUCCAUAGGCAUCCAGGUGGAUGGACCAGAAGAGAUUACAGAUCCAGAGGACCCAUCUAAGUUCACCUCUGUAGGAAUACAAGUGGAAGAUGAUAGGGGAUAUCGUCGGUUUCAACGCUCAAACAGUGUUACAGCAGCUGUGCAGGCAGAUCUUGACAUGCCUGAUUUGCCAGACACUCCCUUGGACUCCUCAGACACUGAUAUAGAUGUCCUGUCAUCGGGUGCCCUCUCUCGACAAUUCUCCCGCGAUGCUGCCACGUCCACCGUCAGCAUACAGGGCUCAGGGAACCACUACCAUGCCUGUGCCUCCGAUGACUAUGAGGAUGUGGAAUUCGACCCGUCCAUUCUCCCCCCUCCAGACCCUUGGAUAGACAGUGUAACAGAUGACUCACCUGAUGUCAACUUUAACAGCUCGACGAUUUUGGAGGUGGUGCAGCGUUCAGUGUGUCAUAGAGAUGGACACUGGUUCUUAAAGCUGCUUCAGGCUGAGACAGACCGCAUGGAGGGCUGGUGUGACCAGAUGGAGCUCGACCAACGUGAAAAUGACCUGCCUGAAGAUGUCCUUGGGAAGAUGAGGAGUGCAAUGGGAAGCGCUCAGCUUCUGAUGUCUCAGAAGUUCCAGCAGUUCAGGGAACUGUGUGAGGAGAACCUGAACCCCAAAGCCCACCCUCGUCCCGUGGCCUCAGACUUGGCUGGUUUUUGGGAUAUGCUUCAGCUGUCAAUCGAGAACAUAAGCCUGAAGUUUGAUGAGCUUCACCAGCUCAGGGCAAACAACUGGAGACCCCUGGAUCCCCCUGAGAGAAAGGAGAGGCGACUUCCUCCUCCAGUACCAAAAAAGCCACCCAAGGGCCCCCACCACCACCCUCCUCUGGCCAGGGACCGCUCAUUGGAGAGCUCAGAGAAACAGCGACAGGAGGCCAGGAAGCGCCUGAUGGCAGCAAAAAGAGCUGCAUCUGUACGACAAAACUCAGCCACAGAGAGCGCCGACAGCAUUGAGAUCUACAUUCCAGAAGCUCAAACGAGGCUAUGAGGACAAUUCCAGAUACUCUCAUACACCCCUCCCCCCCCCCCAAACACACACACACACACACACACACAUAUUUAAUCCAGAUUUGCACAAUGAAUGCACUCUCAAGACAACCUUGAAAUUAUUUCACUGAUAUUCAACCCCCACCGCUCUCCGAUCAUGUCUGCAGAUUUAAUCAAAUUACCAAAACAGAAGCAACCGCAUGACAGGCUUUUAACUUUAAAAAAACCCAAUGCUCUCUCAAAGUGACCUAACUACAAAACUGUGAUGCAAAACAAGACAGCAUGAUGCAGACGAGCAGUUUUCGGUUGCUGCUCUUGUGCUCUUGCGCUCAGGUGCUGAAUGCAGUGAAGUUAGCCAACCUGUAUUAAAAACAUAAUUUACAAUGUUGACAAUAUAAGACCCACCAGAUCCUGGUCACAGUAUCUAUCAGUGGGUUGCCUCAAACCUCAAGCGCUCCCUGGUAUAAUCAGGGGCUCUAAAAUCAGACUGAAUAGAAUGUGAGAUUGAUAAAUCACCAACUUGGUUAAUUUGAGUGAAAGAUUGGGGUUGAUUUGGGAUUAAGGUAUAAGAAGGUGUCAUAUUUUCCUCUUUUCAAUCAAAUUCUGUAACUUUUUAUGUGAACACCAAGUUUUUAGUUCCUCAAUGUUUUUGAGGGGAGACUGUCCCAAAGUGUGGACAGUAAUAUCCAUUCAUACAGUCCACUAUGUUUAGAGCGGGAAGACACAAAUAAGUCAGUUGUUGAGAGGACUUGGGGGGGGGGGAAUGACGCAGGACGAGGGACAAACUUUAUUUGACUCAGAUUCCCAGUCUAGAACAGGAAAAAACACUUGGACAUGCUAUACCCUGCAGAGCAUUGCUGCAUGUGAUGGGCUGCAGAGUGGUAGCUGUGUAUUUUCAGAUUCACAGGUUUAGUCAAAUCAGACAGGACUUGGUUUGACCUUUGGUCAAUGUUGAAUGUUGUUCUUUGGGUCUUAUCGUAUUUACAGAGGUGAUGGACUAUCCGACACAAACACACAGUAGUAAACACAUAAUCACAACCCUGUGUCAUCUGACAACACUGCACAUCCACAAUGGUUCAAACACUCUGAAAAGAUCAGUGCUUAGAGGUAAAUCUUUCAGGUCUUGCAGUUGUAUGAACACAUUAGGCCCUUGUAAUAUAAGAGCAGUGUCUUUCUCUUCCCUCUUGAAAGAGAAUGCCAUGAUCACUGUUUUUCUUACAACAACCCUUACAAUUUAGAUGUAUACAUGUAUGUGGACAUCAUUCAUUUUGGGUCAGGUGGACACCACAGGGCAUCACACAGGUUUAAUUUAGAUUGUGAAUGAGAAUUUGUGUCAAAUGUUAAGUUAUAAAUGCACAGAAUUUUAAUCUUUAAUCUUCGUUGUGUAACAUAGACAGCCAUUAGGGGAAAUUGUAUAGUUCUAAGUGUAAGAGACACGGUUAUAGGGGAAAUUAACUAUUUAUAAUAAUGUUGGGAAAUGAAUUAAUUUGGGUGUGUGGAUGAUUUUCAUCAUUUCAACUAUGUUGGUUAGAUGUUUACAUUGCUCCUCCUCUUUGGAUUUAGGGGUGAUUUAUCUUUUACAAGGUAUAAUUACUCUUAAGCAAUAUUGUGUGCAAGGAAUACUGUGUAAGACAGGGCUGAUGUAUUGAUAGUGGGGAAUUGGGGGUGCCUUUUUGCCAUGAUAAACAAAUUCAAUCCAGUUGAAUCUUGUGUUCAGAUACUGAGGGGUCUAACUUGAGAUCAUUUGGGGUUCCACUGAUUUACAUGUUUUCAGUCCUAGGCAACCCCCUGCUUGAGAUAUGUUGGCCUUUCUGUAUUGGUAGCCUCCCCAGAAAACCAAAUAAAUAGCAGUGAAAAGGUGCAUUUUAUAAUAAGUCUCCCAUAACAGAAAAUCUGACAGAAACUUGUGAUAAUGUCUGAGUUGAAUUAUCACCUACUCUUUAACAUUGCUGUAAUAGUUUUAAUAGGAGGCUGUGGUGAUUACUGGCAGUACCCAAUAUAUACUAUCAGUGGAUAUAGCAAAGCAGCCAACUCACCAGCUAUCAUAACCCAAAUUGAAAUUGCUGAGUAACAGGGCAGGAGAACCAAUGCAUUUUUUCUACUUACAUUUUUUCUGAGUGUUGAACAUAUCACAAUUGUUUUUGUGAAAGUGGUUGUGUUACCAGGCUCUCAGUCAAACAUGUAAGGAUUGAAAAUGUUUCAUAGUGGAAUGGUCCUAUUUUUUCUUCUUAGCCAGAGUCCUUUUUUCCUCUGAAUGUUAUUUGAAAGAGAAGGAACCACUGCAUGGUUAAAAUACCAUAAGCAGAUUCAAUAAUAAUCAGCUUCUCCAUCCAGAGAGUUUUUCAAGUUGUCAAUUUGUAAGGCUUUGUAUGACUCUGACUAAGUAGGAAAAAUAAUCAAUUCCCCUAAAAUGUCCAGACACUAUUUCAAUGUCUGACAUUCGAAUGACAGGGACAGAAAUGACAAUAAUACUUAUAAUACAAAUGCAAUGCGAAACAUUCUUGUUUUGCACACGUUAGGUGUAGGGUUCAGCUGAUCCUUAAAGUUCAUAGAGAUAAAACAUUAUACAUUUAAGCUGGUAAAAGACGUUUUAAGUAUCCAACUCUCUUUGAACCUAAUGAAUGAACUGUCUCUAAUCAGCCACAAUCUACUGUGGUUAAGGAGAGUGGGUUGUCCACUAACCAGAGGGUUCAUAGUUCCGUCCAAGUCUCCACCAUUCUGCGUGCAGAAGUGUCCUUUGGCAAGAUACUAAACCCCAAAUUGCCCCUGCACCUGGGCCAUUAGUGUGUGAUUGAAGUUUUAUUCAGGAAGUGCUGCAUAGGGUUACACGAUAUGUCUGUAUGAUGUGGGUGAAUGGAAAAACUGUACUGUUAAGCACUUUUAGAGGUUUGAAAGUCUAGAAACUGCAUAUGUGGCGUUUAAAGAGGCUGGCGUUAACUUGAUAGAAAGUGUCUAAAUGAAAGAUACUUUCGACUUGCUUUAUUUGAAAAGAAGAAUAAGGCGUUUUUGACUCUUGUCCCACACGAAAGUCAAAAGAUCAGGAUCUCACAACCUCUGCAACUUCAUUUUUGACCAUUCUAUGAUCCAUCUCUCAUAAGAACCCCAACUUCAUCACAAAAUUGCCGCAGGCAAAAACAAAUUAAGCAGAACACUCCUUGUGUUAUCAGUUUCAAAGAAAAAAUCUUAUUAGAGCAACUACAGCCAUGUGGUUUUAUACAACUUCUACCUAAGCCUUCAUUUGUUUAUGACUAAGUGAUAUAACUGCCAUUCAUUUCUACAGAGAAACAAUCUGGAAAUCAAUUUUCAUUCAUAGGAUUAUACAGAUGGUGAUGAUGAUGAUGAUGAUGAUGAUGAUGAUGAUGAUGAUGAUGAUGAUGAUGAUGAUGUGUUAUCAAAGUAUUCUGUAUUUAUUUUCUUAUUUUGUACUGUAAAGCGCAUUGAGUGGUCAUCAAGACUAAAGCAGCGUUAUAUAUAUAUACAGACCACUUACUAUUCUUUUGUAAAGGUUGGGUGUGUGUGUGAGUGUGUGGUAGUGGGGGGAGCGUAAUUUUGUACAGGAUCUGAUUACCUCUGUAUUUACCUCUGUGAUAUUGACAGUGACAAUAACAGUGAGCCAUAUUCAUUGUGAAAUACUUCUGAAGAGGAAAGGGCCAUACAGAAGCUGAAAUUGUCUUUUUGUUCUACAUUUACUGAAUCAUUGUUUUUAGUGUUCAAGUAGCAAGCUUGUGUCUGUGUGUUUGGGAGGAGCAGGAGAGCAGGAACAUCAUGACUCGGGGGUGAACCAGAGGGACAGGAAGAAAUGCACACAGUGAAUUGUUAAUGUCUCUUUUAGGCUCUGGAAGCUUUAAGUUGAACACUUGUGACAUAAAAUGUUUGUCGGAGAGCGACCAGACUGUGAAGUUAUUUGUCAAAAAUUACAUAAAACAUGGUUUUAUUAAUUCAGGGCUGCCAAUAUUCUUAAACUUAUAUUAAUUUAAUUGAAAUUUCUUUUAUAAGUAUUUUUCAGUUUCUCUUCUUAUCGAUAUACCUUUAAAAUGUGCGUAGGUAAUUCAAUUUACUAAUUACUAAGCAUCAUCUUUAAUUUGAGAUGUAUAAUUAAGUUAAUAUUUAAUGAAAGUGAAAUGAAAACUGUCUUUUUAUGGGCUUUAACAAAUUAACUAAGGUUAAAAAAUUCAAAAUCCAAGGGUCUGGGAUUUUUUAUUUUGUUCGAAUCAAUCAUACAAAAUGUACACACAAAAUUGAAAAUUUUGAUAAAUUUCACAAUGAUUUUGCUUAUAAUAUCAGCCCAGGCAGUCCUGGACAACCUUGGAUGUAAUGCUGCUGAAAACCCAUAUCACUCCAACCAGUGGUGCACUUGAACCAGAUUUGUGUGUUUUUUUUCCUCAGGAAAAUAUGGCAAAUGUAUUCAGUAGUUUAAAAAUCAGGGUCUCCCAGACAUGAUGGUCUGUUUUUUUAAAAAGUGUGUGUGUGUGUGUGUGUGUGUAUGUGUGUGAGUGAGAGAGAGAGAGUGAGAGUAUAUAUACGUAUGUAUAUAUAUACGCAUAUAUAUAUAUAUAUAUAUAUAUAUAUAUAUAUAUAUAUACAUAAAAUGCACUGUGUGUGGUUGUGUGUGGUCUCUAAAGUGCUUCCCAAGUCCUUCUAUUCUAUGUCGGGCCUUUCCUCAGUACGUAGUAGCCUCAUAGAACCAUGCUGUAUAUUUACUCUCCACCUGUACCGGCGACCGAUUUCUUGUGUUUGUACAAAAAAAUGGCUGAGUGUUAUUAUUGACGCAUGCAGACAUACAAUUAGUUCCUAAGAACCUAUAUCUAAUUUAAAAUAAAUGUAUUUGGUUUAUUUAUGAUCUUAUUGUUUUUUAAACUGAGACUCUGUUGAUAUGUUCUUUCAUGCUUCUCUGAUCUUAUGUUGUACCUGAAAGAGAUGUUUAUAUGUCCUUAACUAUUGAUGAACCCAUAAUAAAAUGAAUUAUCAA